AUGAGCACCGACAGGUGGCCGGAGGACAGCACUGAGGGAGAUGCUGGGAGAACAGCGUGGAAGCCCACGGCCAAAGAUGCUUUCAAAGACAUUUCCAUAUACUUCUCCAAGGAAGAAUGGACAGAGAUGGGAGAAUGGGAAAAAAUCCGAUAUAGGAAUGUGAAAAAGAACUAUGAAGCACUGGUUACUCUAGGUCUCAGAGCCCCUCGGCCAGCUUUCAUGUGUCACCGCAGGCAGGCCAUCAAAGCCCAGGUGGGUGACCCUGAGGAUUCUGAUGAAGAAUGGACUCCAAGGCAGCAAGUUAAACCUUCUUGGGUGGCCUUCAGAGUGGAGCACAGUAAACACCAGAAGGUAAUGCCCCCGGUGCCAUUAAGUAAUGAAUCUAGUUUGAAGAAAUUGCCAGGAGCAGCGCAACUGCAGAAGGCAAGUGGCCCUGCGCAGGCCCAGAGCCCAGCGCCCCCUCCCGGAGCAGCAAGCACCUCUGCAUGGCGCACUAGACAAAAGCUGGAACGCAGAGCAAAGCAGGUUGAAGUGAAGAUGUAUAGCCUACGAGAAAGAAAGGGCCACGUGUACCAAGAGGUCAGCGAGCCCCAGGAUGACGACUACCUCUAUUGUGAGAAGUGUCAGAACUUCUUCAUUGACAGCUGUGCUGCUCACGGGGCCCCUACAUUUGUAAAGGACAGUGCAGUGGAGAAGGGGCAUCCCAACCGCUCAGCCCUCACUCUGCCCCCUGGAUUAAGUAUCAGACCAUCAGGCAUCCCUGAGGCUGGGCUUGGAGUAUGGAACGAGGCAUCCGAUCUGCCGUUGGGUCUGCACUUUGGCCCCUAUGAGGGCCAGAUCACAGAAGAUGAAGAGGCCGCCAACAGUGGAUACUCCUGGCUGAUCACCAAAGGGAGAAACUGCUAUGAGUAUGUGGAUGGAAAGGACACGUCCUGGGCCAACUGGAUGAGGUAUGUGAACUGUGCCCGGGAUGAGGAAGAGCAGAACCUGGUGGCCUUCCAGUAUCACAGGCAGAUCUUCUACCGAACCUGCCGGGUGGUCAGGCCGGGCUGUGAACUGCUGGUCUGGUACGGGGACGAGUACAGCCAGGAGCUCGGCAUCCCAAGCUUCCUCUUUCAGCAGACCCAAAGCCCAAGAUCCAUCCAUGUGGCUCCUGCUCUCUGGCCUUCUCCAGUCAGAAAAUCCUCAGCCAACACGUGGAAUGCAGUCACCCGUCUCAGGUCCUCCCGAGAACAUCUGCAAGAGACCGCGUCCAACCAGAGGAUCCCUGCCCAGGCGAUCAAAAUCGGCAGCAGCAAUAUUCUGAUCCACACAGCUGGAGUAACAAACCUGAAUGUCAAGAGGUCAAGGAAAGGUCCAAACCUUUGCUGA